UGGGGCCGGAGCUGCCCCCAGUGCCGCCGCCCGCCCUGGCCGGAGCCGAGCAGCGCGGAGCUGCGGCGAUGGGCUGCGGCCGUGCUGUGUGCGUGCUGCUGGCUGCUGCGCUUCUGCCUGCCCGCGCUUUCCCCCAGACCAACAUCAAGAUCAGCCAAGCCCUGCCGGAGCCUGUGCAUGCCUACUCCUGCCCUCUUUUCUGGACGGAGUAUGAAGGGCACUGCUACCGCUACUUCCCCAUCAACAAAACCUGGGCCGAGGCCGACCUCUACUGUGCGGAGUUCUCCAUUGGCAUCAGGUCAGCGAAGCUGGCCUCCAUUCACAGCUGGGAAGAGAAUGUCUUUGUGUAUGACCUGGUGAACAGCCGCGUGCCCGGCAUCCCCACUGACAUCUGGACGGGGCUCAAUGACCUACGGCAGGAAGGUCACUUUGAGUGGACAGACGGCACCUCCUAUGACUACAACUACUGGGAUGGCAGCCAGCCCGAUGACGGCAUCCACUCCAUCCCAGAGGAGGAGGACUGUGUACAGAUGUGGUACCGGGCCAGCAGCGCGCUGCGCUCCUGGAACGACAACGCCUGCGGCCGGACCUUCCCCUUUGUCUGCAAAAUCCCCUCGCUGGCCCUGGACUGAGCCUGACUGUGUGCCCAGCUUCGUGCUG